AUGGCGGCCGGCGGAGGUUGGGUAACUGAAGCGAUUGGAACUCUGGAAAUUUAGGUAGAAAUAUAAAUUUCCUAAAAGAUCCGAGGAGUACGAUUAAAGGAGGAAUUCUUCGUAUCGGGGAUGGAUCUAAUAAAGACACCAAAGGUAAAUUAAGGUGACGUCCACACUUAGAAAUAGAUCCAAUUUCGGCAUCGAUCACAUGACCGGCAUUUAUGCAGCCUUCAGCCCAUUUUAUCCAUCCAAAGAAGAAUACUUUUAUCUAAAAGUUUUGGAAAAUACUGGAAAAGUGUUUUUAGCCAGAUUUAAUUUCGAGAGAUUGGAAGAAAUCAAGCCGAAGAUUGACAAGUUCUCGUUGAUUUUCUUAUUUUUCCUCCUCACGCAACUUGAUUCACAUGAAUGCAUCUAAAUUUUGUCUGCAUAUUACUCAGACACUAAUAUUGAAUAACAUUCUGGUGAAGCGUAAGUUGCUUUUUUUAACCGUUAAGACACCAGAAUGCCUUUUUUUGGCUCCUUGAUCUACUACAUACUGAAACAAAAUUAGAGUUUCCUGAGAUACAUCUUCUAUUGUACCAUCCUUCCUUCAGAAAUAGACGUUAAUUUAUUGAACAAUAAUUAAUACAAGAUAAAUAACAGUGGACGAGACUAUAAGUAGGCAGCUGCAAGAACCAGAAAUAGGGCUCCCUGUUAGAGUUUUUGGUGAGAUUUCUCUAUAGCCCUAUACUUCAUUCAUUGUGACUGCAGUUCUUGGAUGAAGAAGACAAUGGAAAAAACAACAGAUUGUCUUUGGCAUAACAAGACUGUGUUUUACAAUGGUAUAGGGUUGUGGAGAAAUCUUACUGAGUUUUUCAGAAAUUGGGUUUUAUGUAGAUAGAUAACUUUAUUUCUGCACAGUAAAAUCCUUCAGCACAAUCUAAGAGUAUGGAAUAUCAAAUUCUGCCUAGCUAAACAAACUAAUAAUUAAUGCAAUAUGAUAGGAAUAAAACUGAUUAAUUCCAGCUGCUUUUUGAGGAUGCUGUGUUUCAUUCAAAAGCUAUAAUGCCACAUAAUACUUUUAAAUUCAAUUUAAAAAAAUGUUGAUCUGAGUUCAUGGAAAAGACUGUUCCACAACAAAGCACCCCUAUGGAAAAUCUUCUCUUCAAUGAUGUUGUGAUGAAAACAGCAAUGAAUGAUUUGAAACCUGUUUUUCUCGUCUAAGAAUAAUAAUAAAUGUCUUUAUUGCUCAUUAGAUGAAAAUACAUAUCUAAUGUUACAGGAUAAAAAGAUUCAAGGUGCAGCCAAAAAUUAAAAUACAAGAAAAAGAAUAAAAAGGUCAAACUAGAUACAAUAUAUCUGGCAUAAAAUAUCAUAAAAGGUUGUAUUUAUAAAUUAAUCUAUUUACAAAUUAAAACCUGCAGUGUUUAUAUUAGGCCAUUGGCAGCUUUUAUGUAGGUUAAAUUGUUCUUUUCUUGCCAUAAGCAAACCUUCAGAGGCUGGUUUUCAUGCUGUUGAACUAUUGUAAGAAUUUGUUACUCUUUUCCUGAUACAUAGAUUGAAAAUGUCCGUUUAAUGACAAAGAAUGGAAAAAGGAAGGUUGCAGUGGGUAAUUUAUACCUUACAGCUACUCAUCUAAUAUUUGUUGAUCCAGAUUGCUCCAAAGAAACAUGGGUAAGUUAGAACUUGGCACAUUGGAAAAGGGAAUGUAAAAAUUAACUUUUUUACAAACCCUUCAUCCCCUUCCCCCUUCCCUCCUUGCUCACCAGCUCUUCUCAAAACAAACAAACUAAAAGACUUUCAAUCAUAUGGCAUUUCCAGUUAUAAGUAAUAUUUAAUGUGCUGAGCAAAAGAAUGCUUCCUUCAGUUUUUAACAUACCUGCUUUGUAUUUGUUAGCUAUGUGGCUUUCGGGCUCAAUUUCUUCAAUUUCGUUAUUUAACUCUUCAACUCCCAAGAUCUGAUUGAUAAUUCUCCUCUCUAACUACUACACAUUUCCUUCUAAAUUAGUUACGAGAACUUAGUGCUAGAUCAAGAUAGCAGCUUCUACCUGAUAAGUUUGAACAUUCUCAUUACCUGUUUGCUGAAUAAUGUAUGGAUAUAUAAGGCAAAGUUUCAUGUUAAUCACUUGUGGGAGUUAAAGAGUUAAAGGUUUCCUGUGAAGAUAAUUUCUUGAAUUACAUAAUUUAUCAUCUGUAUCAAAAUAUAAUUUGUUACAUUUAAUUGUGAUCAUAUACGUGUAUUCUCAAAUGCAUUUUAUUUUUAUAGAUUCUACAUUCCCACAUUGCAUCAGUGGAGAAGCUUCCCCUCACAGCAGCAGGAUCACCUUUGAAGAUUCGCUGCAAGACAUUCUUGAUUGUGACAUUUGUAGUUUCAAGAGACAGAGAUGGCCAGGAAAUUUACACUUCAUUGUUACAACUAUCUAAACCAGGUAAAGUAUGGUAAAAAACUCAAACACAAUAAAGAAGUUUUAAUUUGAGAAAAAUUUAAUUUGAGGAAACUAACAGUAAAUUGAAUGGCCAAUCAGAACAAAGAAAUAUGUACUAGAAAAAGCCAAUCAGAAAUUGAAAUGGAAAUAUUUAAACAACCUGAUUUGCUAGAAAUUUCAGGUGACUAGGUUUGAACUGGAUAAUUUGGUUUUAUCAACUGAGUUGGUAAUGUAAAUUGGCCACAGUAAAGAGUUUUAGAGCUGAUGUUUCAAAUGUCUGCUUUAGAAAUUCUUUACGGUGGCCAAUUUACAUUAUCAACUCAGUUGAUAAAAUCUUUACCCCCUUUAUUUAAGUCUGAAUUGGUUUUAAGGGGAGUAAUCUUCUUAAGAAACUGUGGUACUGCGUCAGCGGGGAUUAGUUUAGAAAGUGGCAUAUUAAGUGGUAUGCAAACAUAUGAGGGCCCUACUGAAAACCGCUGUGGUGAGUUGGGCUCCCUUGUUAAUUAUUAUUAUUAUUAUUAUUAUUAUUGUUAUUAUUAUUAUUAUUAUUAUUAUUAUUAUUAUUAUUAUUAUUAUUAUUAUUAUUUUAAUAACCAGUCACAGAGUGGAGAGUAGCAAAUAAAUUCAGUACUGGGUUACUAAAAUUUAAAAUUGUUUGGUAACAUGUUUUAUUAUGGCUCUAGGAAGGUCACAUUGUUUACAAUACUUUUAUGCAUUGCCAACAAAAAAUAUGAAACACAUGCCUAACUAUUGUGGAGCCUGUGGCAAUGAUAAGAUUUCUUUAUAUAACAGGGUACCAUAGCAGUAGUGUUACUUGUCAAAAUGCCAACUCCUGUAAGAUUGAAAAAAUGUUCAGAGUAGGGUUUGGAGCCAGCAUUAACUUCUUAGUGAGCUUUGAAGCUAUUUUUGUUUUUAGACUUUGAUGGCAGUUAAAAAAAAUAGACUGGGUGAGCAGCAAAGUUCCGAAAGGGAUUGAAAGAUCUAGUGAAUAAUGUUGUUUCAAUUUCUCUUCAUUACAGAGAAACUUGAAGACUUGUAUGCCUUCUCUUACAAUCCACAAAGUGAGCAGCUGACACGGUCUGCUGGUUGGGCCUUAUUUGAUAUCAAGUCAGAAUAUGCACGUAUGGGACUGCCAAACAAUGAAUGGUGUUGUAGCCACAUAAAUAAAGACUACAAAGUAAGACUAAGUACAUAACUUCAUUUUGAUUUUAGUUUUUGAAUUAUCUGUAGACAGUCAGGUCUCUCUUAGUAACCCCUCUCUCUCAAGUAUCCCCUCUGUAACCAAAAUAGUUUUUUUUUCCUAUGUUAAUAAUGUGCAUGAAAAAAUUACACACUUCUGAUUGGCUGAAAAUGAGUGCGUUCUCAUGUAACACGAGUGUAAAGUUGUAACAAAAGAGCAAAUUACAAAUAGUGCAGGCAUACUUUCAAAAUUUUGUCAGGCUUGACUUUCUUUUGCAAUUUGGUGUGAUAAGCACAUGUAAAUUUACUUAUGCUUAUAACACCAAAUUGCACUUGAAAUCAUGUUAUUUCCUAUACUAAUUACUGUUUUAAACUCUCUUGCUCAUAAGUCACCAAUUCUUUUUUAAUACAGGUCUGUGAUACGUAUCCAAGUGUUCUAUAUCUGCCCUCCGCUGCCUCCAACUCAGUUCUCAUUGGUAGCUCAAGGUUCCGCAGUCGAGGCAGACUUCCAGCUUUAUCUUACCUGUACAGGAAUACAAAGGUAGAGGUUAAGCUGAUACACUUUCCAUAGUCUUUGUGGCAAGUAAAUCUUUUUAAGCUCUUUGUAAAGCUUUUCAUUUUCAGUAGGAAAUGACAAGUUUUGCUAGCAUAAAUUAAUGCCUAUAAAUUGUCUUUUGAACAAAAUUUUGUUUCUUUUUUGUUUAGGCAGCAAUCUGCCGCUGUAGUCAACCUCUAUCAGGGUUUAACUCCAGAUGUCAGGAGGAUGAAAAUCUAAUUCAAGCCAUCUCAAAAGCAACACCUGAUGCUAAAUAUGUGUACAUCGUGGACACAAGACCAAAGGUAUGACAAUUUUUUUAAAGUCCCCAGAAAAGUGCAGUAAAACAAAGUGGAGUAUAAUCAUAUGGAAUGUGUGACAUAAAUGCAUCAUCAUCAUCAUCAAUGCUGGUCAAAUGACUCACCUUUACUGUCUUUGCAGAUCAAUGCCAUGGCAAAUAAAGCAGCUGGGAAAGGAUAUGAAAGCACUGAUUUUUAUGAGAAUGUCAAGUUUCAGUUUGUCGGAAUUGAAAAUAUCCAUGUUAUGAGACAAAGUCUGCAGAAAAUGAUUGAGUGUAAGUACAGAAUGUAAGAAGUCUGCUAGAGCUUGAAAUCAUCUUCUGUUUGUUAACCAGAGAGGCUGGGGCUGGUAGGGCCAAGAGGGAACUGGGUUCAAAAAAUACCGCUGGUUGGGGAGGGGUGGGAGGGAGGUGGGGGAAGAAGGGGGGGGGCUGGGGAAGGAGAGUGGCAGAGGCUUUUAAUAAAGGAAUGUUUGGUCAACCAUUAGGCUAAUUUUCUUCAAUUAUUUCAGUGGAUAAUUUUUAGUGAACUAUUAGGCAAGCCCUUCCCAACGCUUUUUAUCCUGUGGCCCAGUUUCUACUUCUUUUUUUCAUUAAGAGGUGCAAUUGUUACACAAGGCAGGUCAGGGACUUGUAGAGAAAGUCCAGAUAUAGGAUCAUUUUUUGACAAAAAUCACAGAUGGCAGUAGCAUUUGGAAUAAACUUGAUACCAAAGUUAAUGUCCAUGAACAAUUUAUCAUCUCUAGUGGUCUGUGAGACACCUGACUUAACAGCCAAAGCUUUAGCCAAUGGACUGGACAACUGUGGAUGGAUGAAACACAUCAAAGCUGUGUUGGAUACUUCAGUAUUUAUAGCAAAGGUAUUGUUCUGCACCUUUUUGUUUUCACCAAGAUUUUUGUACCUUGGUAAUUGACUCCACCUUUUGCCGUAUGGCUCUUGUCCAAGUUACUGAAAAAUGUGUUUAAUUUCAGGCUGUUGUAGAGGAGAAGGUCAGUGUUGUUGUUCACUGCAGUGAUGGAUGGGACAGGACUGCCCAGACUUGUUCUUUAGCAAGUAUCAUUUUGGAUCCCUACUACAGGACAAUGCAUGGAUUUCAGGUACAUGUUUCACUCUUAACCCUUAAGAGUGACUGGCAUCUAAUUUCUCCUGACCAUAUCACCCCUGAAUCAAACAUUGAGGUCAGGGGAAUAAAGGAGUUGAUCACCGAUUAUAGAAGCUCUUGAUUGUUAGACAAAUUCUCCUUAUCAGCACCUUAGGAAAUGUAUGAAGAACAGUGUGGAGAAUGUGCAUACUGAUGUUAGGGUGUCAAGGGUUAAAUUCCCAGAGGUGAUUAACGUUGUAACUUCUCUCUAUAACAUCCAUACAUUAUCCAGCAAACAGGUCAUAAGUGACGUUCACAUUGAUAAAUAGCACAAUUGUUUGCUUCCAAUUCUUUUGGUUUGAUUUCAGUUCCAUAGAUUGUGUUACCCUGUGGUUCUCAUUAAACCUCUGACUCUCUUCGUGACUAACGAUUAAAAAAGUGGCCGUUUGCGCUGCAACUCUUUAAAAGCUACAAUAAAAUGUGUCUAUUGUUUAUGGUAAAUACAGGUGUUAAUUGAGAAAGAAUGGCUUGCAUUUGGACACAAGUUCACAGAGAGGUGAGAACAAUUUCCAUCGGUUACUUACUUGUGCUGUUUACAUAUGUUUACUUGGAGUUCUCAUUGGCUCCAUGCCUUGUUUUUCGUUCCUCUGAUUUAGCGCCUCAAAUUUUAUUUUCAUGACACUCGAUCGGAAUACAUCAUAUUCCUAUCAUUCAUUCUUCUCUUUUCAGAUGUGGCUUUCUUCAAUCAGAUAUUAAGGAGACAUCACCAGUGUUUCUCCAGUUCCUGGAAGGAGUGUGGCAAUUGCAGGAACAAUUUCCGUUUGCCUUCCAGUUUAACGAAAGAUUCCUUCUAACUAUUCACGAUCACCUAUAUUCUUGCCAGGUAUAUGAAAAUUAAAUUCCUUACUUUACUUCCUGUGAAAUAUUUAAUAUUCAGAGACGUCCAAGUUCAAAGACAACGCCUCAGUUCCUGUACGACCUGUAAGUAGUCGGUGAGGGGGCGGAGAAAGAGGGGAGUUUUUCACUCCUCCGAGAUCUUGGCUGGAUAGUAGUACCCAGUUCUCCGAUAUCUGACUCAACUUCAGACUAAAACAUGCCAAGCUUUACACCCCUUUUCAGACCUGCUCUCUAUACUCCAUACCCGUUUCAGACCUUGCAUAAUUUCCGAAAUAAAAAAUGGGUCAAGAUUCAUCUAGACUUUGAAUUGUCCCUCCUUAUUAGCAAAGCCCGUCAUGUGAGUUACACAAUUAGAAAAAAAUUCAGCGCUCUGCAAGGAAUUUUUACACUAUUUCUCGAGCCCCUCACUCCCAUAGUUGCGUGUGGCACGCUAACCUUCAUUUUUUUUGUUUUUGUUUUUGCUAAGUUUUUUGACUUGCGUAACGGACGUCGUCGAAAAGGAGGGACCUCUCGUGGUCUAAAAUUCACCCGAAAAUCUUUCCCUUUUGAGUAAUUUUUGUUACUUUUCUUUCUCUAAUGUUCUUUGGAGUUUUGAAGUAAGGUUAAUACAUUAGCCCUUUAACUUCCAAGAUCUCAUUAGUAAUUCUCCUUAUUGUCUGCCAUACAGUUCUUGUGAUGUUAGUUUGGAGAAUUUGGUAUUGGAUCAACUUAUAAUUCCCUAACUGAAAUUUUUCUUUAUUCUCAUCACUUUUCUGCUUGAUACUAUAAGGAGAAAUUCUGUCUCGGUCACUUAUGGGAGUUAAAGGGUUAACACGCUCUCGGAGUUUCCUGAAAACCAAACUUAAUUGAAGACAAUAGUGGUUAAAUCCCAUACCGCCUCUCAAAACCAAAAGAGUAUAAAAGCAUAUCUCUGUGGCAACACAUGCCCAUGUAACUUAGAUCGGGGAGGAACGUAACCCUUGAGGAAGAAGAACAGUGUGUAAAAAAUCAAUUUACGAGAAAAUGGGCAAGAGUUCAAACUCCAUAGAAAAUAUGUAUUUAACUUGUUAACUGAACCACAAAAAUGGGCUAAAAUAAAACUCCCAGACUUCUAUUUUCAACUUGAAGGUAGCUUUUUUAGGCUAGGGCUGGAUUUUUUGUGUCCUGAGCCACUGGGAUUCAAAGUAUUUGAUCUGACCCCAAGGAAUUCAUAUGAGGGGGAAUCUACUGAAUUUGUUGUCUCUUUUUUCUUUAGACUAUUGUUUACUAACUGUUCAUCUAAUAUUUGCAGUUUGGGACAUUUCUUGGCAACUGUGAGCGGGAGCGCAAAGAACACAGGUAGAUCAUGUAGUGCCGGACGUAAUUUACGCCCCUAAGUAAAGUUGCCUGAUAGUGUCCUUGAUUACCUUCUAAUAGAAAUUUCCCAAUGGCCUGACGAAUCGUACGUCUUAAAGAAUUUUGUUAUAGAAAGCACUGUACAAAUUUCUUUUUUUGAAGCAAUGGUAAUAUGAAGCAAUGUGAAGCAAGGGUAGGAUAAAAUAUACAUUCCGAGUUUAGUCUCUGCAUCUUUCUAUCGUUUGCUUUUUUUGCUGCAAUUCCUGUUGAAAAGCCUUUUUGUAUGGCUCACCAUGCGCAUGAGCUGAGUCGUUUAUACCGCUGGAGCCUUUCCCGGUCUCAUCAUAUAGCGUCCAGAAAUAAUGUUCCUCUCCCCCCCUCUGUGGAUGCUACGUUUCCACUCAGCAUUUUGUUAGUGUUUUUUUGACAAAUUCUACGUUAGCCAUUCAUACUCUUCAGUGGAGAGAGGCAUUGGGUAUUGUGAGAAAAAUGUCUUGACCUCGGCCGAAAGAACUAGGCUUCUCCAUUCGAAAUCUUGUUGUGAGGGCCACUCGUCCAUCCACUAUCGAAGGAGAGGCAGGGGAAGGGGGAGUUAGCUGAAUCUCGAAGAGCAACACGCCAACACUAAGACUACAGCUUCUCUUAGUCUUGAAGUCGUAAGGCAGGUUGUUUACUCGAGGUCUAACCCAAACCGCGGUUUUACGCAGUCAGUGGGCUUCAGGGUUUCUCUAUUGGAGGGGUUGAUUUAUUAAAUAAAUAUCCUUCCACUUUUAGCUUUCGGCCCUCUUGGCACUGCUCACAAAAGCAAAUGUUCAGAUGAAAAGUUUAGCUAAAUUGUGGAGUGUUUAGGACGCGGUUUUGUUAAACAACGGCUGAACUUUGUUUGAAUGAUGAGACCAGAGGGUUUGCAGCAAUGUUGAGCUACCUCUUAAUGUUUCUUUGCAGUUUACCCGAGAAGACGUAUUCAUUAUGGGGCUACAUGUGGCAAAAUAUCAGUGAUUAUGCCAAUCCAUUAUACAUGGGAGGCAAAAACGAGUUACUUUGGCCAUCUACUUCGCCUCAAGCUCUCAAGUAAGCUAGAAAUGUACACAAUCAGUAGUAGAAUUUAAGAGUAAGUGUGCGUGACAGAAUGAACCAAACUUAGGUGACCUUCCCUUUUAAUGUUUUUCGACUAUGGCCUUUACUUGGCCUCACGUCCUCAAGUGAGCCAGAAUCGCCAAAAAUUGGCGAUAAAAUAGAUAAUCAUUUUUAAACAAAGCGUGGCUCUGCGUGACAGAUCGAACGAAAUUUGCGUGACUUUACCUGUUCAUGUUUGUCAACCUCGCCCCAAGCUUUCGAGCAGGUCAAAACUGUAAAAUGAGCAUCCGCAGAAUGGAAAAGCAUAAGCAAAGCUUGACCGUGCGUGACCAUUCGUGACAAUGUGAACCAAUUUUUUUGUGGCUCUACCUUUUAAUGUUUUUGUUAUCUUUGAUAGGUUUUGGCGGUCGAUGUAUAAUCGACAUGAGAACGACGUUCACCCACGUGAGACAGUCAUGGAUGCACUCAGCAGUAUCAUAGAUCAUAACGAUUCACUACAAGAUCAUAUAAAGUUUCUCUCCUCUGUAAGUAGAGUUUGUGAGUUGAGGUACAGAUCCGAAUUAGUCAUCAAGCCACACGCAUUGCGGGUGAAAUGUCGAUCGUCUUUUGGGUAUGGGAGGGGAAGGUAGUAGACGCGCUUUGUGACUUUUGUGAUAUCGUCACCAUUUUCCAAAAUAGCGUUCACACUUGAGCUGUGAAGGAGGAAAACAUUUAUUUGGAAAUAUACUAGAGGGAGAUGGAGCGAAUCUUGAAAAAAGGGAAAAAAACGCGAAGAUAUCUGGGUGACUACUUUCCAAUCUCCCCAAGGUGAUUGAUUAUCGGGGGGCUCAAUUGUAGUGUCGACUGACCACGAGCAGUCCUUUCUUUUCAGCUAAGUCUGUUCCAUCAUUCCGAAAAAAUAAACUACAAAAAAACUGUGGUUAGCUCGCCGCGCGUCGCGCGGAACAGUGGGAGUUGAGCACAAGAAGUAAAGACUAAGCGAGAAAGUUAACCGCUGUGUUGCGCUCACAACGCACCAAUAUGAUUGACUAUCGGCUGGAAAUGUCAACAAGCGGUGAGGCCUGUAAAGGCUCGUUAACGCUCCAGAAAAAUCAUGACUGAUGAGCUGCAGGAUUGUUCAUCGCCGUUUCCGAGAAUUCGCUUUUGAAAUCUGCCUCACUCCCAGAGUUCCGCGCGCCGAAAAAGAGGGACUGCUCGUAGUCUACUGCAGUGAAGUUUGUUGUACAUAAAGGUGUUUGUCUUCGCCUCAACAGCGGGUCGAAAUGAUGAAAACACUGGCCAAUCCUACGAGUGACUCUGAAAACAACACCGAAAUGGUGGAUUCACUUGAAAUGAAAUGUCUCAGUGCUCAACGUGAAUCGCCUAGUGAUUCUUCACAGGAACUAGCGUCUCUUGAGAAUUCAGUGAAUAGUAUGGACCUCAAGACAACACUGAAGAACAAUUCAUUACUAAACAGUCACGUGAAUGACUCAUCUUCCUUACCCUUUCUGUCUGCGGGCGAGGCAAGCAGCGCAAGUCAGGAAAGUGGGAGUGGGGGCCUGGUGCCGGAUCAGCUGCAGAAAAGUUUAAAACGUCAGGGAUUAACAGUAAAUGAUCUUCUUCAGUCUGCUCCGCCGUUUGCUUUGGAGUGGAAAUCAGUUAGAGAUGUCUUCCAAUGUUCCACCUGUUCGUCUCCGAUUGAUUCUCUCAGUCGGAAGGUGAGUUGUGUUACCUUGCAAUUAUUGCAAUGUCAGUUGAGUGUCGAAAGCAGUGCUGGAUUGCAUUAGUUUUUACUUUUCUUGCUCAUUUUCUCAACCUAUCAGUUACCAAUUGCGACUUGGCCGAUCGCAUUUUCCGUGCUUCAGGUGGCUUUUUUUUAACUUGGAGUUCUCAUUGGCUCGUGAUGUUUACCUUCGCUCUGAUUGGCCAUUAAGAAUAUUUUGGUCUUGGUUUUACGAUACUAACGCGGGAAGCGUUCUUAAUUUGUCAAGUCGGAAAAAAAGUAUCACAUCUUGAAAGAGAUGUGAAAGAGCCAUGUCGCUCAUGUCAUGCUUAAAAGUUUUCCUACAUUUUUCGAGGUUUUUAAUUGCCAUUGACGAAAUGAAUUGCUUUGUAAAAGAAAAACUUGAAAACUUUUACCCCAUUCACACCAGGAAAACAUAUUUAGUUGAAAUGUGUUCAACUGAAUGAAUAUCAUAAACAGGGAACUGAAAAACUGAAUUUUCCAUGGGUUUCAAGAGGUCACUAACCUUUUUUCAAAGUGCGUAAUUUGAAGUCGAAAAAAAUGGGCUAAGCAGCUUCUAUGAAGAAAAAUAAUUAAAACUGUGUUUAUCAAAGCAGCGUUAAAACACGUCAAGCUUUGGUGUGAAUGAGGUAUUAGAUGCAAGAAUCGUCAAUCUGAUUAUAGUUUCUGUUCACUCACUUUUGCAAUUCUAACCAUGAAAUCUUUUCUCCAUAGUAUCACUGUUGGAAUUGUGGAGAAGUUUUUUGUAAGAGGUGCAUCGAUAAACAGUGUUCCCUUCCUGGACAUUAUUCAGAUAAUCGUGUUCCUGUUUGCAAGAAAUGUUACAAAGUCCUCAAGAAAUUCAAAUAGAUAUUCCGUGCGCGAGUGACAGAUUUUAGGACACGACGAGAAGGCUGUUCCAGGUUUUCAGUCGGUGAAGACGGGCACACGAAAAACUACAGGCAGCGGGCGCGCGAUUGUUGCAGUUGUCAAGGAAACGGCUGCCAGCAUGCAAUAAUGCGUACUUCUUCAUUGAAUGAAAGUAUGCAAAAGGCUGCUAGAUGAGUAGCUAGCAUGAAAGUAAUUUUAAUUUCGAGAAAUAGAGACAAGAAUUCUUUUUUACAUGGACGGAUGGUUAUAACAGAGAAUAUACCUUUACACAAGCAAUUCCACAAAAAUUAAUGGUUAUCAUUGCAAGUUCAUUGUACGAAAAUAUUGAUGUUAAAAUAAGAAAAUUCAUUAAAGAAAAUUUAAUACUGG